AUGGUUGCCUCCGCCUCCGCCCUUGAACCCGACCCGACGCCGACGCCUCCUCCGCCUCGACGCCCCUCCGCCGGUUGCCCCUUCCGACGCCCCUUCCGGUUGCCUCUGCCCCCGACUCGCCACGCCCCUCCACCUCCGCCCUCGCCCCUUCCCUUCCUCUCCCCGUCGCCAUUCCAAAUUUGUGGUGAUUAUUCUCCACACAAAACUGUUGCUGGCACUCUUACUGAAACUCUGGCUGCCACCUCUCGGUGGGGGAAUGAAAUAAGUAGCAAAGAUGUUGAGCAAAUGCGUAGAGAUGAAUCACUCAAUAAGCACACUGCAUUCUUGAAAUAUCUUGAGAAGAAACUUGCUCUUGCUAAAGGGAAGGUCAAAAGGGCUGAGAAAGCUCUAGCAAAAGUGCAGGAGAAUCUUAGACCAGCAGACCUUCCAGUUGAUCUGGAAACCAUAAGUGAUGAGGAGAGAUCUUUACUACGUAAGAUUGGUCUGAGUAUGAAGCCCUUCCUGCUUAUCGGAGAAGUCAUCUACGAUGGAGUUAAAGCCUCACAAGAUAAAAUUCAAGAUAAGACUCGAUAAAGGGACAUCAUUGCCACCCUCGAGUUUGGAAAGGGUAAAACUGUGGAGGUCAGCAGUGAUGAAAAAGGUUAUGAGGGUUCUUGGUUUUCUGCAAUUGUCAUCGACUAUAUAGGAAAUGACAAGUAUCUGGUCGAAUACCUAACCUUGAAAACAGAUGACGAAACUGAACCUUUGAGGGAAGAAAAAUAUUCACGGUAUAUCAGGCCCUACCCUCCUCAUCUUCCAGCCAGGCGUUUCAAGCAGCUCGACAAAGUUGAUGCUUGGUACAAUGACGGAUGGUGGGUCGGUGUAAUUUCCAAAGUUCUAAAAGGCUCUCAGUAUGUUGUCUACUUCAGCACAUCCAAUGAAGAACAAAUUCUCAAUGAGUCUAAUAUGAGGCUUCACCAGGACUGGAAUGAC